AUGCAAUACGACGUGCGUCAUUCUGGUGACAGCUCUCGGCCAACCUCAAGCCAACAUGCCGAUGAGGCUGCGGAAAUACGGGCCACCAGACGACGGCAUAUCCUACAGGAACUUGUUGAGACUGAGUCAGAUUAUGUACUUGGUCUGAAGGCUCUUAUAGGGAUUCUUACAAUCUUUGACACAAGGCGCGAGAUCUAUGACAACAUCCAGGAGAUCCUCGGAAUACAUGAAUUUUUUUUGACUCAGCUUCAGACGGCAUCUCCCAUGUCAGUGCCUCAGGCUCAACAGGCAGGUGUCUCUGAGCUUACAGCUCGGGGAAUCACCAAGCGUAUAGGGAGCAUUGAUCUGGGAAGUUUAAAGAAUCUUCAACAACGAUCUUUGAGGACUCGAUCACUCAAAGCAUCGGUGAAUCGGCGCCUCAUGGCACUCACUGCAGAACCAACCGAGGGACUAGAGGUUGCCCGUGAGCUUGGAAAAUUGGACGUUGCUCUCUUACGCCGUUCAAUUGCCAACUGGACAAUCUAUGAUCAGGGGAUCGAGGCGCUCUCAAAAUCGGUUGCGUCUACAGAGCGACGCAGACAAGAGGACAACAAAUCAAUGACACUAAAUGAUAUGUUAAUAAAGCCUAUCCAGCGUCUUUGCAAAUACCCCCUUGUGCUACAAGAUCUGCUUAGGUCUACCCCUGUUAGUGAUUGUCCGUCUUCCCAUGACGGAAUUCAACAAGUUUUGGACAGUAUACGGGUGCUGGUAGCACGGAUCAACCUGGUAGCUGGAAACCCGAUCAACAAAGAUCGCAUCGACAAGACAAUCACUCUACAAGGUAGGGUGGAUAUCUCGAAGUCGCACGUACUCCAGAGCAUAUAUAAAGAUUUGGGCCCAUUGGUCAUGUGUGGUGUGCUCCAUAUCACAUAUCAAACGGCGGAAACCACUCACGGGGAGUUCAUGGUCUGUGUGCUUUUUGAACGCUACCUUCUCUUCGCCAAGGGAACUGAUGACCAGCGUCGACUGGAAGCAGUGGCCUGUGUCUACCUAGACAAUCUCAAGAUUGAUUCGCUUCAAAAUGGACGAGGACUGUAUUCCUACGGAUGCAUAUUUUCAUGGAAGCUUCUGUUUGAAAAUCAAGGGGAGAACUACGAAUUCGUUCUCAGUGCAUCAUCGGCAGCGGAAGAAAAGCAAUGGAAUACCGAAAUUCUCAAAGUGUCCGCCGCUUUGGUCGAAAUGGGACAUCCCAAGGCGUGGGAGCCAAGAAAACAUUCUUUCUUGGCUAUUCGACUGUUGCCCCUGGACCAUGUUCAAUACACAGUGUCUUCUAUGGCGCGAAGGUCAUCGAUGGAUUCAACGGCAAUCUCCCGCAAGUCCCGCGCUCAACAGGUAGUCAUCAAGAAAACGCACUACCCUCGCCACACCGAGGAACCAGUCGCACAGGCUGAAGGCGAGAUUGAACGGCCCAAGACAUCUGCUGAUCACUCCGCAUUGACAUUGACUGCUCGCCGGAUUGACCGCAUUCGGCUGGAGCGACUGAUCUCGGAUGUCUACACUGAAGAUCUCCUUCCAUCGCCAGGCAUGGUUCUUGGCAGGGGUGACCUCUUUCGACGUGGUCCGCUCAUGAGACGGCUCAGCCUUCAUCCGGGGUUCACCAAACGGUCGAGCUCCGUCGGCACCUUCCAUUCAAGAAGAAGAUCAACCGAUAUCCGGUCUGACAGAGAGAACGAAGGAAUGGACAAGGAGGCAGUAGACGGCAGCGAGAUAGGGGAGAAUAAAGGGGAGGAUAAGAAUGUUGAGAGUGAGUUACCUCGAACACCCACCACUCCUCGGCGGUCCAAGACAUUCCUUUUCAGGGGCUCACCCAAAAACCCCGCUUCAUCUGUUUCAUCACCUCGCAGUGACAAGCGACGAAGCCAGGAUGGAAGUGCCGAGUCAUCCCCUUCUUCCAAGAAGUGGUCGUCUCCCCAAAAAUGGUCAUCGAAGAAUCUGUUUAGUGCCUUGGCACCCAAGAAAGUGAAAACAACCCGCUCUCACGCUGAAUGA